UUCCGCCCGGCUCCCGGCGUGUGCGGCUCAGCCUGCCGGCUCUGGUUUUAGUUGCGGGGUUUGGGGCUCAGACCCGAGAGAUGGCGGCGGAGGUGCUGUCCAGUGCGAGGUGGUCGUAUUGUGGGGAGCCGGAGGAGAGCCAGAGAGCGGUGCUGGUGCAAUUCUCCAACGGGAAGCUGCUGAACCCGGGCAACAUGCGCUUCACCUUGUACAAGAGCAGCGACUCCACGAACCCCAGGAAGAGAGGCCAGCGGAUCCUGGCAGCCGAAACAGAGCGACUUUCCUACGUGGGAAAUAAUUUUGGGACCGGAGCCCUCAAAUGCAACAAUCUGUGCAGGCAUUUUGUGGGGAUUUUGAAUAAGACGUCCGGCCAGAUGGAAGUGUAUGAUGCCGAAUUGUUCAACAUGCAGCCACUAUUUGCAGAUGAACCCGUUGAGAGUGAAUCAUCCCUGGAGAAUCAGAACAAAACUUUCAGAGAAAAGAUGGAUUCUUGCAUCGAAGCCUUUGGAACCACCAAACAGAAGCGGGCUCUGAACUCCAGGAGAAUGAACAGCGUUGGCAGCGAGUCUCUGAAUCGGGCGGUCACUAAAGCUGCGGAGGAGAUCAUUGGCACGAAGGGCAUGACAGCCCUGCUCAGCGAUGCUGCCCAAGAUGAUGCACAGGACGACUCCCUCUACCUCCCUCCCUGCCAUGCCGACGCAGCCACGCCCGAGGACGUGUACAAAUUUGAAGACCUUCUUUCCCCUGCCGAGUAUGAGGCUCUGGAGGCGCCUUCCGAAGCCUUCAGGAACGUCACGUCGGAAGAAAUACUGAAGAUGAUCGAAGAGAACAGCCACUGCUCCUUUGUCAUCGAGGCGCUGAAGUCUCUGCCAGUCGAUAAGGAGCGGCGCGACCGCCAGGCCCGGUGCCUCUGGUUUCUCGACACCCUCGUCAGAUUUCGAGCCCAGAAGGUGAUAAAGCGGAAAAGUGCCCUGGGACCUGGCGUGCCCCACAUCAUCAACACCAAACUGCUGAAGCACUUCACCUGCUUGACGUACAACAACGGCAGCUUGCGGAACUUGAUUUCGGAUUCCAUGAAGGCGAAGAUCACGGCCUACGUGCUCUUGCUGGCCUUGCACAUCAGCAACUUUGAGACGGACCUGACGGUGCUGCAGAGAGACCUUAGGCUCAGCGAGAAGCGGAUCAUCGAGAUUGCAAAGGCCAUGCGGCUCCGGGUGUCCAAGAGGAAAGUGGAGGUGGCGGCUGGCCGGGAGGAGGAGCACCGAGUUGGGGUCCUGCGGCUCCCGCUGCCCGCCCCACAGAGUGCCGAGCGCCAGGCCAAGCGGCGGAGAAUCACCUAGACGGCCGCUGCCUGUCCCUGCUCUCGGUCCUUUUAUUUGUAUAAAGAGACGGAAGAUGCAGCCGGCAGCCAGCCUCUCAGUCAUGCUGGCGGCGUGCCAGCUCCCGGCCACGCUGAGAAGAACCGGGGAAACCCACCCCCCCCCCACCCCCAGUCCCUGAACACGCAAGCCCGGAGGGACCGCUGUUAAAAUAAAAACUUUUAUUUUGGUUGCUGA